CUGGAGCUGCUAAAAAGCGCGAAUUUUCUCUAAACCAAUCGCACCUGGUCACAUGCGAGCAAAGCUAGAGGCGCAGCAGGAGCACACGCGCCAGUGUUUGGGCACCAGGCUUCUUUACAGGAGUUUACCGGGCUUUCUGUGGAAAAACGAUCACCUCUACGGGUUGGGUCUGCUUUUUUUAAUCCGCGCUGGGGUGAGGAGAUAGCUUCAGUUAAGUUCAAAACCUAAAAGGAGCGUGUAGGGUCUGAGCAGCAUGCCUGCAGCGAGCAGGAGAGUGUGUGUGCCGCUCGUCGUGUUUUUUUUCACGGUGUGUGUGGAUCUGGUGGUGGUGUGUUUCCCCACUAGACAGCAGAAGAGCACGGUCCCGAGAAUCAGACACAGCGCUGCUGCUCCUGAGACACAUAUUCGAAAAGCUUCAAGUGACAUUAUCCAAGGCCAUUACCUACAGGAAAAUCAGGUGCAGAGUGUGUUGGUUGGCUCACAGCAGCGCUGGCGGUCCCAGCAUCAUUCUCUAGGAUUCCUACCACAGCCUGAGUCUAAAGAGGAAUCUUACAUAUUGGAUCUCAAGAAGUUUCCUGACUUGGCCAGGGCUGACAUUGGCUCUCAAAACCCCAACAUUCAGGUAACCAUAGAAGUGGUAAACACCCCCCCAGUGGAAGUUGAGGUGGAUCUGGUUAGAGAGCACAACAGUGACUGGCCCAUCUCCUCCUCUUCCCCCUCCUCUGUUAAUGACUGGCUCAGUGGUAAGAUGUUGUUCUGGCCUCUCUUUUGGGGCUACACUGAUGUGGAUUCAGGUGAGGACGGAAUGAGGCAGGCAGUGACGGGCAUAAAUGAGGAGAAGGAGGAGGAAGAAAAAGAAGAAGAGAAAGAGGAGGACUACACAUCUGACUAUGACAGUGGAGAACCCCUACCAAGCGGGCUAGGUGGGAUUGAUGGUGAAUGGGACAGCCAGCGGAACCUGGGCUGGGACUCCACACAUACCUAUUAUGAGAAAAAGGAAUGGAGUCGCUGGACCUCUUGCUCUGUCACCUGUGGCCAUGGUAAUCAGACACGUUCCCGCACAUGUGGAGAUUUUUGCAUAUCCACUGAAUCCCGCAGUUGUGAUCUUGACCCAUGCCCAGAUAAUUUAAACCCAAUCUCAAAUGUGUUCCCUUUUGAGAUGGAGAAUGGAACAGAACCAUUUGGCACAGACAUUGACAGCUGUGAUAAGUGGCUUAACUGUAAAAGCAAGUUCCUCCAGCGCUACCUGCAGCAGGUCCUCAUGGAAUUGCCCAGCUGCCCCUGCAUUUAUCCCUCUGAGGUUUUCCAAGGUAUGGUCACUUUGCAAGACAAGGGCCACAAUCAAACAUUCCACUGGAAGGACGCCAGUGACCUGAAGGAGCACUUGGACAUCUAUAAGCCUUCUGCGAGCAGCUGCUUACGCUCUGCUCUGUCAGCAGAGGGCACCACGCUGGCUGCCCAGCACUGCUGCUACGACAGCCAGGGCCAGCUGAUCACUCGGGGCAAAGGGGCAGGCACCCCAAACCUCAUCAGCACAGAAUUCUCACCUGAGCUGCACUUUAAAGUGGACGUACUGCCCUGGAUCCUCUGCAAGGGAGACUGGAGCCGUUUUCAUGCUGUGCGCCCCCCCAAUAAUGACCUCCACUGCCCUGAAAACCCCCACCAGGACAUUUUUCUAAAUGAGCUUGAGGAGGCCAAGGAGUACUAAUACAAUGCACUAGUACACUGCAAAACCUGCCCUGUAUGAAUUUCAACUUCAGCAUUCCUUCCUACUUCCACACAUAAACCAUCCUACAGCUGUUUUCCAACCUCUAAAAUGUGCAACAUGUUUUAAGUAUAAUUGUGUAUUUUUGUUUUCAGUGUUAGGAUUUGUUUGACCAGCAGUCAAAAAUGAUACACAUACAAGCACACCCAGUCUUGUAAAAAAUCUGUUAUGACAUGUUAAGCUAGUCAUUUAUUUAACAAGACAAGCUACAUGCAGCACAUUUAAUUGUUGGUCAAAGCUUUAGGCUAAGGAACAUCCACCAUGAUCAAACAGAAUUUUUGUUUUUAUUUUUUUGUAGGCAUGAGAAAUUAUUUGUUUGGGAGCUUUUCCCAAAGACAAUUUGAGAAGAGAGUGAUGCAUAAACAGUAAUACUUUGGUUCAGUUGGAAACUACUCUAAUAUUCAUAAUGCAGUUAUUUUUUUCAAGUGGUAAUCAAUGUAGCAGAAAUUGAAAAACAGGUUUUAUAUAAAAAAAAAACUUUUACGAUGCAGUCUGGAUAUUCAUUUUGAAUUAUAACUUUAUUCUAAAUGCUAGAUAUCAUUUUUUAUUAGUGUGAAGUCAUGUACAGCUCUGUUGACCAUUCUGAACACAUUUAGAAUUUCAAACGUUAAAACCUUUUCCUAAAAUGACUUUAAAAGUUCUCUUUUGUGGGGGAAAAAGAGACAAUAGUAAUUCCAAUUCCUGGUCAACUAAUGUCACCAGGCUUUAAUGAAGUUCCUUUCUGACAAAGAACACCAGGCUUAUCCAUAAAGACUUUGGGUUAUUGGGAUAUUAGAGAGGGUAACUUUCACUGCCAACUUAGAAUAGCUUAAUUUGCUUAUUUCUUCAGUUAAAGCCUCAUUAGAAACUACAAUUUAGGUAGAUAUGCAGGAGCACAAAAGAAAAAAAGGUUUUGUGUGUGAUUUGUAUUCUUGUCAGUUUUUACUGUGGUUAAUAAGUUAUUGAAUAAGGCAAGUUGCCUGGGAGCUGAAUAUAUUGUUAAAGUGUGUGCUUCAGAUAGCUUUUCAAGUACAUACAUAUUUGCAUACACAUUAAGAUGAUACUUUAUUUAAAUUAUAUUCAAAUGAAUCUGUAUACUGUUUGUUAAUGUUAUUAUUGUGAAGGGAUUUUUCUACAGUAUUUCUUUUAAAUAUCAGUUAUGGCAAAUACUUUGUAUGAAUUCUUCAGUACAUGUUGGAUGUUUGUACAGUAUUUAUUGUCUUAUUUUCUUUACUUUGUUUAGACUUUGACUUAGAUCCAGGACAGAAGGGAAAUCAUUUGCCUUGUAUCAAUUUAACAAUAUGUCAAAGGGGGAAGGAGAAAAAAAAAAUAAUCGCACAGUAUUUUAAUGCUCUGGAAGCUGAAAUCUGUGUUGCAAUUUGUACAGGGAUGAGUAAAAAAAGAACACGUUCUUUUGCCUCACAUGAUGUGUCGAUCUUGACAUCCCAAUAGUUAAAGCUUACUCAAGCUGUCUUUACUAGCAUAAAACUACCAGACUCCAUAAAUUCCCCAAACUGCAGUUUGGCCUGGCAAUCAGAAUGCCUAUAUCAUACAUUGCUAUAUCUUCGACAGGGCAAAAUUAACUUGCAAAUGUAAAUGUUUUGUUCCUUUUUUUCCUCAGCCUUAACAAGUAACAUCCAGGGACAGUCGACCGAUCUGCCUGGCAAGAAAACUUUCACAUGUGUGGCAAUCUGGUUUCAAUUGGAGAACCCAGGCCACAGUUUCAUUCUGGGAUGCCUAGGAAUGAGCAAAACAUUCCACUUUUACUUUUGUUUAUUCUUCUACAAACCUGCUAUAUCUUCUCCAUCAGAAACAAACAAAGCUGAAGGAUCAACGGGCUCUUUUUAUUCAAAAGCAGUCAGGGAAUAGCUGACUAUAUGGACUAUUAUAUAUACUAUCUGAAUAUGGAGCUAAAAGUCACAUACACACAAACACUGUGUGACACCCACCGAGUCACAAUUUAGAGACUUUUAAUCCGACUACGCCACCUAGGAGUGGUGGAGUCCUAGG